AUUCAUCCACUCCUUCAACAAUUCUUCCACACCAACAUUCUCACUACUUCAUCUACAUUUCUCACUACUUCAUCUACAUUACUUCUUUUACAAUUUCAUCUUCAACAAAAUCUUCCAUUUUCAUCUACACCAACUCCCCAACAAUAUGUCUUUACUCACAAUGGGCGAAGCACACAGAGGAACAGUUGCAAACAUCGCGACAUACGAUGUCUCAAGGUUUCGAACUCGAGUCCACGAAUUUGUCCCAAUGGACCCGAUGAUUCAACCUUAUGUUGAACUCGCCGGUUUUGGUCACAUUAGCAAAAUUAUGUCUUGGUCUAUAGAUAACAAGUUCAUUCUAGCCUUAUACGAAAGAUGGAGGCCAGAGACACACACAUUUUGGUUUCCAACCGGUGAGUGUACCGUGACGUUAGAAGACGUCUACAUGCUUUUAGGAUUACGAAUUGAAGGCAAAGCUGUUAAUGGUAAGACCAACUAUGCAAAUUCAAUUUGCAUGGAGCUUUUAAACACUGAUUUGUUAGAUGAUAAUGCUAGGGGACAAGGUAUACUACUCUCACGCCUAAAGUCAUAUUAUAAUAGUUUUUAUUUAGAUGAGCAUUCUACCGAAGAUGCUCGAAUCAUCAAAACUAGGUGUUACAUUAUGUUGUUACUAGGAUCCUUUUUAUUUCCCGAAGGUAGUGGUUCUAGCAUGCAUAUUAUGUACUUACCUUUACUUAGACAUAUAGAUAGAAUAGGUAGUUAUAGUUGGGGAUCCGCAUGUCUAGCUUAUCUCUAUAGUUCGUUGUGCAAAAACUCUCACAAAGACACUUCUACAUUUUCUGGAUGUGCUGUUUUGCUACAAGCAUGGGGAUGGUCAAGACUACCGUCUCUAGCACCGGUCAAUAACAACCCCUUCACUUUUCCAUAUGCAAAAAAGUAAGUUGUUUAAAUUGCUAUAUCUUUACUUCCUUCCUUACAGUUUAUUACCCAUAACUAAUUUAUUUUAACUUUUUGGUGUAGAUGGUCGGCACGCGGUAUGAAUUACAGCAGAUGUCCGAGACACUGUAUUACUCAAUAUCGCAACCUGUUGGAUCACCUUCGACCGGCAGACGUAAGCAAAAUAAUUUCAUUAUUUCUUCAUAUUAUGUUGACUUUUUCUACAUUCAUUUAAAUCCUAUCGUCUUUAACAUUUCAGUUCAUUUGGCGUCCAUACCUUAAUAUGGAUCAUGAGCAUCAGAUCAACCCUGAAGACGCAGCCGUAUGGACAACAUGCACACCGAUAAUACGGUUCACAACAGUGGAGAUGCACAACACCGAUCGUGUGAAGCUGCAGUUUGGUAUGGUCCCGAAUAUCCCAGAUCCCCCAGCUAGCCUAGGAGAAUGGCAUAUGCGUAAAGUGAACGACCAAUGGAACUACAACCCUUGGCAAACCUUCGCAAGAUCAGAGUGUCGCAAGUGGAAGCACCGUCAUGACCAUGUCUUAACUGACGCAGUCAUGCCAAAUGAGGUAAAACCAAGUCAUACUUAUAUGGCUUGGUAUAGAUCAGUUGGAUUUCAAUUCAUCGCCGAUGAUAUGUACCUCUACGACCCACGCCAGACAAGUUACACACAAGAAGGAUCAACAUCUAACCCCCAACAACAUUCUCAGCCCGGUUACUCACAACCACCUAUCCGUCAAACUUUCCGUUCCACAAACACACAAACAUACAACCAAAACAUGCCAUUCACCCAACCCCAAAACCAAGAACAUCCCCCAUACCACCACCAACAAAUGGACCAUCAACCUUCGACCGAACAUCGCUUCGCACCCACACCAUCACCCUACCAAAGUCGCCUUAGCCAAAACACUAACCGCCCCUCCUCCUACCGUAGCCAAGAACCCCAAACAUCACAAUACCAAAACAUCCCACAACCAUACCCUUUCCAAACACCCCAACAACCUUUCCAACUGUUCCUAGACCCAUCAUUCACACCCAUGUCUCCCUUCAACCGUCCCGGUCGCCCAUCCAUGAGUCAACCACACCCCAACUUCUCUGGCAUGGGUCAUGAGCUCAGCUACGCCGGUACACCAUCAUUGAAUACUGAAGACUAUGCUGAGUUGGCUGAAUACCUCAAUGGAUCUUCUCCUGUAGGAGGUAAUGACGCUCCUGGACCAUCAGAUGAACAAACACCGGUGCAGAAUCGUCAACGUGGGUUAGGGCCAAGGGUUAGGGUAGCUAGGGGAUGUGGGACCGGAGGUCGGUUAGGUGAUCCCGGUCAUCACCAUUAGGAUUCUUUGUGUAAAAUCCAAAUUUUAUUAAUAUCAAUUCGUAUUAUGUCAAAUUUAUCUUUGUGUAAACUCCAA